ACUACAACUCCCAGCGGGUAAUUGGGAAGUGGGGUGGUGGGUGAGUGCGGGCGCCUGCGCAGAGGCCUCCGUGGACCGAGCAGUGGAACGCGUCAGUGCUGUCGGGAGAGACACACGCGAGGAGUCGGAGCUUGCGGGAGGCUGUCGGUUUCUUCUACCAUCAGCACCGGCGUCGGAGUCUCGGUGCUCUCCUCCCUUCCCACACCACCCUCUUCAGCCUCCAUUCGGACACCCACCGACCGGACGGGGAGAAACAUCACCACAAAAGGAACGGUUGUGGUUGUGGUGGUGGUGGUGGGGAGGGGGGGAAGAGAGAGGGAAAAAAAGGAAAGAGCCUUUUCGGAAAAAAAAGGGGGUGCGACGUUAUUUUUUGAAUCCGGUGACAUUCUGAGCGCGGCCAUGGAUUCGAAAGACGUGGCGGAUUACGCCCCGGAUUCCUGGGAGCUGGCGGCCGACACGGAUGUUGAGGCCCAGAUGAAUUCCUCCUUCUCCCGGCUCAAUGUGAACGCCAAACCGUUCGUCCCCAAUGUGCACGCAGCGGAGUUUGUACCCUCCUUCCUGAGGAGCUCAGACGAGGCCGGGGAGACGCUAGAAGGGUCAGAUGCAACAGAUGCCAGCAUGGAAGUCUCUGAGUCAGCUGCGCCGGUAGAAAAUGGCGAUACAGAAGCAGGAUCUGAAGAGUCAUGGGAUCAAAAAGCAGAGCCAAGUGAAGCAGAACCAGGAGGUGGUCCUGCUGGCGAUGGUGGGCCACCUUUGGUGACUCCAGUAGGAAUGGAAGAGGAGGAAGAUGUGUCUAUGCCCACGGUUGCAGUGGUGGUAGAACCAGGUGCUCCAAGGAAGGAACAUGUAAAUGUUGUAUUCAUUGGUCAUGUAGAUGCUGGAAAAUCCACUAUUGGUGGCCAGAUAAUGUACCUCACAGGUAUGGUUGACAAACGAACACUGGAGAAGUAUGAGAGGGAGGCCAAGGAAAAAAACAGAGAAACAUGGUAUCUUUCCUGGGCUUUGGACACUAACCAGGAGGAGAGAGACAAGGGUAAAACAGUAGAAGUGGGCCGUGCAUAUUUUGAAACACAGAAGAAGCACUUCACCAUUUUAGAUGCUCCAGGUCACAAAAGCUUUGUACCGAAUAUGAUUGGUGGGGCAUCUCAAGCUGACCUCGCUGUCUUGGUUAUAUCAGCCAGGAAAGGUGAAUUUGAAACAGGCUUUGAGAAAGGAGGUCAAACACGAGAACAUGCUAUGUUAGCAAAAACAGCAGGAGUGAAACAUCUGAUAGUUCUUAUCAACAAAAUGGAUGAUCCAACAGUAGCCUGGAGCCAAGAUCGAUAUGAGGAAUGCAAGGAAAAACUUGUGCCAUUUUUGAAGAAAGUUGGUUUCAAUCCUAAAAAGGAUAUUCACUUUAUGCCUUGUUCUGGACUAACUGGUGCAAACUUAAAAGAACGAGCUGAGAACUGCUCUUGGUACACUGGAUUACCAUUUAUUCCCUAUCUGGACAAUUUACCACACUUCUAUAGGGCAUCUACUGGACCCGUGCGAGUACCCAUUGUAGAUAAAUAUAAGGAUAUGGGUACUGUGGUUCUCGGUAAACUAGAAUCUGGAUUAAUUGGAAAAGGACACCAACUUGUCAUGAUGCCAAAUAAACACAAUGUUGAAGUUCUGGGUCUCCUGUCUGAUGAUGUAGAAACUGAAACUGCAGACCCAGGUGAAAAUCUAAAGAUACGACUGAAAGGUAUUGAAGAGGAGGAGAUACUGCCAGGAUUCAUCCUGUGUGAUCAUGGCAGCCUUUGCCACUCAGGACGUACUUUUGAUGCUCAGAUAGUUAUAAUUGAACAUAAAUCCAUCAUCUGCCCAGGUUACAAUGCAGUGCUGCACAUUCAUACUUGCAUUGAAGAGGUGCAGAUUGCGGCCUUAAUCUGCCUGGUAGAUAAGAAGUCUGGAGAAAAGAGCAAGACACGGCCUCGUUUUGUUAAACAGGAUCAGGUUUGCAUUGCUCGUCUAAGAACAGCUGGAACUAUCUGCCUUGAGACCUUCAAAGAUUUCCCUCAAAUGGGGCGCUUUACCUUGAGAGACGAAGGUAAAACUAUUGCAAUUGGGAAGGUCCUUAAGCUGAUCCCAGAAAAGGAUUGAACAUCCACUAUCUAAUGCUGCACAAUACUGUGAUGAAAAAGGACUCAGCAACAGCCUACUUCACACCUUCCUUUCUUGGUUUCAUUGUUCUCUGCCCAUCGAUAUCUUUAUCUUCCCAUAAACUGCAAAAUGCUGUAAACAUGUCCACAUUUUACGUCAGCUUUCUCAUAUUGAGAGCUCUGCUAUGCCAUUGUUUAAGCUACUAUUUUAAAUCCUUUUCUUCUGAAAUCUGCUUCUUUAGAAAUACAGCAGUAGCUACCUAACUGAUGUGGACAGAAUUGCCUGCAAAAAUAAAAUUAAACCAAAAAAGUU